AUGCAAAAGGACAUCAAGGAUCGAUCGAGCCCCGAAUACCAGCGAAUGACCUGGGACGCGCUCAAGAAGAGCAUCAACGGUAUCAUCAACAAGGUGAACAUCUCGAAUCUCAAGAACAUCCUGCCCGAGCUCUUCGGCGAGAACGUCAUCCGCGGUCGAGGCCUCCUCGCGCGAGCCCUCAUGAAGGCCCAGACCGCCUCGCCCGGCUUCACCCGCGUCUACGCGGCCAUGGUGGCCGUCAUCAACACCAAGAUGCCGGCCAUCGGCGAGCUCAUCCUGGCGCGUCUCAUCAACCAGUUCCUACGCGGCUACCGACGUAACGACAAAUCGACGCUCCUCUCAUCGACCAAGUUCCUCGCCCAUCUCGUCAAUCAGCAGGUGGCGGGCGAGAUCGUCGCGCUCCAGAUCCUGGCCCUCCUGCUGGAGAACCCCACCGACGACUCGGUCGAGGUGGCCGUCGGCUUCAUCAAGGAGUGCGGCCAGGAGCUGGGCGAGCUGUCGGCCGACGCCUUCAACAACGUGUUCGAGCGCUUCCGCGGCAUCCUGCACGAGGGCGAGAUCGACAAGCGCGUCCAGUACAUGAUCGAGAACCUGUUCGCCAUCCGCAAGCGCGGCUUCGCCGAGUUCCCGGCCAAGGUGCCCGAGCUCGACCUGGUCGAGGAGGAGGACCAGAUCACGCACGACCUCAACCUCGACGAGGAGGAGCUCAAGAUCGAGGAGGAGACCGACUACUUCAAGCCCGACCCGGCCUACGAGACCAACGAGCAGAAGUACGACGAGGUCCGCAAGGCCAUCCUCGGCGACGACGAGUCCGACGACGACGAGGGCGGCGGCGGCGAUGACGACGAGGAGGACGAGGAGGAGAAGGCGCGCCAGGCCGAGGCCAGCCUCGAGGCCGGCCCGCUCACGAUCACCGACGAGACCGACACCGACCUGGUGAACCUGCGGCGCACGAUCUACCUGACCAUCAUGUCGUCGCUCGACUUUGAGGAGUGCGCGCACAAGAUGCUUAAGAUCCAGUUCAAGCCCAACCAGGAGAUCGAGGUGUGCCGCAUGAUCCUCGAGUGCUGCUCGCAGGAGCGCACCUACCUCCGCUUCUACGGCCUCCUCGGCCAGCGCUUCUGCAUGAUCGACCGCGCCUACCAGGAGCAGUUCGACCUGUGCUUCGUCAAGCAGUACCAGUCCAUCCACCGCCUCGAGACCAACAAGCUGCGCAACGUGGCCAAGUUCUUCGCCCACCUGCUCCACUCCGAUGGCCUCCCGUGGAGCGUGCUCUCCUACAUCCACCUCAACGAGGAGGAGACCACGUCUUCGUCGCGUAUCUUCAUCAAGAUCCUCUUCCAGGAGAUAUCCGAGUACCUGGGCCUGCCCAAGCUCAACGCGCGCCUCAAGGACCCGACCAUGGAGGCCCACUACAGCGGCCUCUUCCCCAAGGAGCACCCCAAGGACACCCGAUUCGCCAUCAACUUCUUCACCUCGAUCGGUCUCGGCGGCCUCACCGACGAGCUCCGCGAGCACCUCCGCACCGCGCCCAAGCGCAUCAUGGAGAUGCAGGCCUCCGCCGCCGCCUCCGCCGCCGGCGCCGACUCGUCAGACUCAGACUCGGACUCCUCUUCCGACUCUGACUCUGACUCUGACUCGUCGGAUUCGGACUCGUCGUCGUCUGACUCGUCGUCGGACAGCGACAGCAGCUCGGACUCUUCUUCGUCGGACUCUUCUUCGGACUCGUCGUCGGACAGCGACAGCAGCAGCUCGGACUCAGACGCCAAGAGCAGGAGGAAGAGGAGGAGGUAA